GUUUGACAGUAGAGUAAACAUCGUGGUUUUCGGAAGUUGACGUCCUACAUCUCUCAAAAGUAAAUUCCAGUAAAUAUAAGCAAAAUGUCGUCCUGGAAGAAAGCCUCCAAAACAAACCAACGCACCCACCGUGAACGUCAUCAGCCCGAAUCACGCCAGCACUUAGGACUCCUCGAAAAGAAGAAAGAUUACAAAGUUCGCUCGAAAAAUGCCCAAAACAAGGAGAAAACGCUCAAAAUAUUGCGGAAGAAAGCGCUCGACCGCAAUCCAGAUGAAUUCUACCAUCACAUGAUUCGAUCCAAAGUGCAGGACGACGAGCACCGUGAAAAUGAGCAACCAGACGAGCACACCGGGGAGCAGAUCGCCCUCAUGCAAACGCAGGACAUCAAGUACAUAAGAAUGAAGCGAACAAUCGAAACCAGGAAAAUAGACCGUCUGCAGUCCCAGCUCCACAUGAUCGACGUCGCCAACGAAGUACCCAACAAACAUAUUUUCUUUGUAGACGACGAGGAAGAGGCGAAGCAUUUCGAUUUGGCCAAGCGACUGGACACCCACCCGAGCCUGGUGGCUCGUAAGUCGAACAGGCCUCGAAUGCAGGAUUUGGACAAACUGAAUAUUCCGGACAUAAGUGAAGAGAACCUGCGGGAACUGGAGAAGAAACGCGAAGCAGCUUACAAGGAACUGCAGACCCGGAUCGAUCGGGAGAAGGAAUUGAGCGUAAUCGAACAGAAAAUGGAAUUGAAACGUUUAUUGCGUCAAAAACGGGAACUGAAACCGAAGAAAAUCAAACCAGGAACCAAGACUUCAGCUCCUGUUUAUAAGUUUGCGUAUGAGCGGAAGCGAUGAGUGCUCGGUUUCCAAGCGUUUUGUAUGUUUUGUUUAGAGAAUAAGACCCAACGAGGAAUAAAAUUUAGUUGACUAAA